AUGUUCGGGAUCUGGGGGAUCUUCAGCAGCGUGGUUUUCUACCUCACCCUGGCCGUGGGCAUCGGGGGACUGCUGGGGAACGCGCUGGUGCUCUGGCACCUCGGCUUCCACAUCAAGAAGGGCCCCUUCGCCGUCUACGUGCUCCACCUGGCCGCCGCGGACUUCCUGUUCCUGGGCUGCCAGCUGGCCUUCUCGGCCGUGCGGGCAGCCCUGGGCUCCGAGCACAGCCUCCACUUCCCGGUCACCUUCAUGGCCUUCUCCGUGGGCCUCUGGCUGCUGGCGGCCUUCAGCGCCGAGCGCUGCCUGUCCGACCUCUCCCCCACCUGCUACCAGGGCUGCCGACCCAGACACACGUCGGGCAUUGUCUGCAGCCUCAGCUGGGCCCUGGCCCCGCCGGCCGUGCUGCUGACCGCCGACGCCUGCGGCCUGCUGCGCGAGAGCACGCGCCCACUGGCCUGCCUGCGCUACCACGUGGCCAGCGUCGCCGGGCUGCUGGCCCUGGCCUGCGCGGCCUUUGCGGCCGGCCUGGUCCUCCUCGUCUGGGUGGCGUGCUGCUCCCCGCGCCAGCGCCCGCGGUUCUUCGGCGCCGUGCUGGGCUCUGGGCUCCUGCUGCUCGUCUGCGGCCUCCCCUGCCUCCUCUGCUGGACCCUGCGCCCGUACCUGCCGAGCUUCGUGCUGUCCACCUUCUUCCCAUUGGCCACCCUCCUGGCCUGUAUCCACUGCAGCGCCAGGCCCCUCAUCUACCUCAUGGUGGGCCGGCAGCCGGGCCAGCGGGAGCCUCUGCAAGCAGUCCUCCGGCGCUCCCUGGGGGAGGGCACCCAGCUGGGGGCCGGCGGGGUCUCCCUGCCCAUGGGCCGCGUGUAG